AUGUCUCUCAGUCGGACAAACUUGCUCAGACCGCAAUUCUUCCAAGUCUUGUCACGUGGAUACAGCUCGACUCAAGGUAAUACUUUAUAUGCUUUUAAGUUGUCUUAAAAUAAAAUAAAAUUGAAAUUCAGAUGCGGAUCUUGUUGUCAUCGGUGGUGGUCCAGGAGGAUAUGUUGCUGCUAUUAAAGCCGCUCAACUUGGUAUGAAAACAGUUUGCGUUGAGAAAAACGCAACACUCGGUGGAACAUGUUUGAAUGUUGGUUGUAUUCCAUCAAAAGCACUUUUGAACAAUUCGCAUUAUUAUCAUAUGGCACAACACGAUUUCAAAAAUCGAGGAAUUGAUGUCUCAUCAGUUCAAUUGAAUUUGCCAAACAUGAUGGCGGCAAAAGCCAAUUCUGUCAAACAAUUGACCGGUGGAAUCAAAUCUUUGUUCAAAGCCAACAAAGUCGGACAUGUUGAAGGAUUCGCGACGAUUGUUGGACCAAACACAGUUCAAGCCAAGAAAAAUGACGGAUCUGUUGAGACAAUCAACGCCAGAAAUAUCUUAAUCGCCUCCGGUUCUGAAGUCACACCAUUCCCAGGAAUCCAAAUCGACGAACAACAAAUUGUCUCAUCAACUGGAGCUCUUUCCCUUUCUCAAGUUCCCAAGAAACUCGUCGUUAUUGGUGCUGGAGUCAUCGGUUUGGAAUUGGGAUCAGUUUGGCAACGAUUGGGAGCUGAAGUGACGGCUGUUGAAUUCUUGGGACACGUCGGUGGAAUGGGAAUCGAUGGAGAGGUUUCGAAGAACUUCCAAAGACUUUUGACGAAACAAGGUUUCAAAUUCCUUUUGAACACUAAAGUCAUCGGAGCAUCGAAGAAUGGAGGAAAUAUUUCAGUCGAAGUUGAAGGAGCCAAGGAUGGCAAGAAACAAACUGUAAGUUUUUAAUCAGGGAACAUUUUAAAAAUAAAAAAUAAUUUUUUUAUAGUUGGAAUGCGACGCUUUGUUGGUCUCCGUCGGUCGUCGCCCAUACACCGAAGGACUCGGUUUAUCCAAUGUUCAAAUCGACACUGAUAACAGAGGAAGAAUUCCAGUCAACCAGAAAUUCCAAACCAAGGUGAGCUUAUUUUUUCUUUUUUUCUCAAAAAAAAAUGAUUUUUCCCUAGGUCCCAUCAAUUUACGCGAUUGGUGACGUCAUUGAAGGUCCAAUGCUUGCACACAAAGCUGAAGAUGAGGGAAUUUUGGCGGUUGAAGGAAUCGCUGGUGGACCAGUUCAUAUCGAUUAUAAUUGUAUUCCAUCUGUUGUUUACACACAUCCUGAAAUCGCUUGGGUUGGAAAAGCUGAAGAGCAAUUGAAGCAAGAGGUAAUUUUUCAUUUGCUAAUGGGCCUAUGCAAAAUAUUAUCGAAAAUCUCAUCGGUACCACGCGCUCCACUGAUAUAAACACGCAGCGCAGACCGCGCCGCGCCACAACACACACAAAUCGAGGAAUGAUUCAAAUUCCCUCCCUUUUUUGUGUGUGUUGUAGCGCGGCGCGGUUGGCGUUGCGUGUUUAUUUCGGUGGAGCGCAUGGUACCGAUGAGAUUUUCGAUAAUAAUAUUUUGUAAUAAAAAAAACAUAUUUUCCUAUGCAGAAAAACGUCGAAAAAACAAAAUAUACAGUUUAUUAUUUUUGAGUAGAGAAAAUGUGAAAUUGAGAGAAAACAGACAGAAAAAUUAGUUUUUUUUGUGCGAAAAAUCAAUUUGUCUGCCUGCACUCUCUCAAUUUCACGUUGUCUCUACUCAAAAAUAAUAAACUGUAUAUUUUGUUUUUGACCCAUUAUGUGCUCAAAAAAAUUAAAUUUUUAAUUUAAAAAAAUCCCCUGUAGUUUUUUUUCACGUUGUUUUUCUAUAAAAAAUUGACCAAAUUAACCUCAUUCAAAACUAGUUCAAUUAAGACCAAAACACAUUAUUACAGAACAUCGCCUACAAAGUUGGUAAAUUCCCAUUCGUCGCCAACUCACGUGCCAAAACCAAUAAUGAUCAAGAAGGAUUUGUGAAAGUUUUAUCAGACAAACAAACCGAUCGAUUGCUUGGUGUACAUAUUAUUGGACCAGUAAGCAUUUGUUGAAUCAAACAUGUGAAAUCUAAAAUUUUUUUUUGUAGAACGCUGGAGAAAUGAUCGCCGAAGCCACAUUAGCCCUUGAAUAUGGAGCAUCAGCUGAAGAUGUUGCUCGAGUUUGUCAUCCACAUCCAGUGAGUUUUUUUAUUGGGAAAAGUCACGUUUUGAAAAAAAAUUUAUUUGAAAAAACGUGUUUUCAUUUUUAGUUUCUUGGCUAAAAAAUCUUCCUUUGCAGUUUUUUUUUCAAUUUUCAAAACUUUUUCAAUCCAAACUUAUCGAAAAACAAAAAUUCCCAUCAGAAAAAUAAAAAGGGAAGGUCUUUUUUCUCGCAAUAAAAAUUUUGGAUGAACUGAUAAUAAAAUGUGGUUGAUCUGAACGGGAAAGAUCGACCCGAAACCAAAGUUUGAGUGGAAUUUAAUUUGACAGAUAAGAUUUUUGGUGAUUUUCUGUGAACGGAAAUAGCCGGAAAUUUAGGUAGAAGGUUGAGAUUAAUAUUUGAAAAUUUGGAUAACGAAAGAAAUUUUGAGAAAAAAAUUAACUUUUUCUUCUCCAGUAAAUUUGGAAAAUGUUGGAUUUUUAGAAAAUUGGAGAUUAUUUUUUUUAAAGAAAAAGUUGUAUGUAACAUUUGUCUCAAACUUUAUUUUGUGAUCCAAAUAUUCAAAAAAUCAAUAUCAAAACCUUUAUCUCAACAUCCCACUCAAAUUUCCGGCUAUUUUUAUCCGUCCACAAAAAAAAUCACCCAAAAAUCUUAUCUGUCAAAUUAAAUUCCACUCAAACUUCGGUUUCGGGUCGAUCUUCUCCGUUCAGAUCAACCAAAUUUUAUUAUCAGUUCAUCCAAAAUUUUUAUUGCGAGAAAAAAGACCUUCCCUUUUUUACUUUUGCCUUGAUCUGAAACCUGUUGGGACAACCCGAUGGAAAUUGUUGUUGUUUUCUUUUUUUCUAAAUUUCCGACGACCGAAUUGAUAGAUUGAAUAGAAAAAAACGUUGAUAAGAGAGAAAUGUGUUGUAAAAAUUUCAACUUGAAAUAAUUUCAAUCAUGUGUUUUUCAGACAUUAUCUGAAGCCUUCAGAGAAGCAAACUUGGCCGCAUAUUGUGGAAAAGCUAUCAAUUCAAUUUAA